AUGGCUCAGACAAACCCUAUGCCCAUGGGCCCUUGGAAGAUCACCGUGUACGAUCAGGAGUACUUCCAGGGCAGGCGUAUGGAGUUCACCGCCUGCUGCCAGAACAUCAUGGAGUGUGGGAUGGAGAACAUCCGCUCCCUGAAGGUUGAGUGUGGCGCCUGGGUCGGUUAUGAGCAUUCCAGCUUCUGCGGCCAGCAGUUUGUCCUGGAGAAGGGAGACUACCCUCGCUUUGAGGCCUAUAGUGGCAGCAACGCCUACCGCAUCGAGAGGAUGAUCUCUUUCAGGCCCAUCUGCUGUGCUAACCACAAGGAGUCCCGCAUGACCAUCUUUGAGAUGGAGAACAUGAUGGGUCGUCAGUUCGAGCUGUGUGACGACUACCCCUCUCUGCAGGCCAUGGGCUGGAUGAACAACGAGGUUGGAUCCAUGCAUGUUCAGUGUGGAGCCUUUGUGUGCUACCAGUACCCUGGCUACCGUGGCUACCAGUACAUUAUGGAGUGUGACUGUCGUGGAGGAGAGUACAAGUGUUUCCGUGAGUUUGGCUCCCACUCCCAGACUCCCCAGAUUCAGUCCAUCAGGAGGAUCCAGCACUAA